AUGGGUCAGUCACAAAGUGAAGAUGUGGAUAACGAAGUGGCCUUGUCACAGAUUCAGGAUUUGUACAAGAGGUUUGCUAGUGAGUGCCCGAGUGGGAACUUGCAUUUGCAUGAAUUCAAAAAGAUCUUUAACAUUAGUACUCAGUCUUCACCAGAGGAAAGUGCCUAUGUUGACAACAUCUUCCGCUCUUUCGACACAAAUCAGGAUAACACAAUAGACUUCAUGGAGUAUGUGGCUGCUGUGCACCUUGUUCUCCGGGGCAAACUCGAAGAUAAACUGAAGUGGUCGUUCAAGGUCUACGACAGGGACGGAAAUGGUCGCCUGGACAAACGCGAAGUCAAGCACAUAAUAAAAAUAAUUUCCAAAAUACGGAGCCAUAGCGAGCCAUCCGGAAGCGAGGAAAUGACCGCUGAUCAGAUCUGUGACAGCAUCUUUGAACGUGUGGAUAAAAACAAAGAUGGCCAAAUCUCACUUGAAGAGUUUUUGGAAGGUGCACAACAGGACCCAUGGGUUAUGGAACAGCUCAAAUUGGACGUGAGACCCAGUGGAUGGUUCAAUGAGCGCAAUCCAGCUAAAACCUGA